UAGCUGGGAGUCUCAUUCUACGCUUGAACUUCGCGAGCUUGCGUACCGUAACCUUAUUGUCCAAUUUUUGCUAAGUUCCCACAGUCCUACCGAACUCAACCCAAUAAGCGCGCAGCUCAUUUCACUGAUUAAUCCUUGUAUGGUUAUCCUUACUUCUCGCCACUCCUAAAUUUCCUGUUUCUACCAAGAACAAGAAAGUUAGAAACCCCCAGACCAAGCCACUAAAUUAAAUGGAAUCUUUCAUCGAAGAAUACAUCUCCUCCGUAAAUGCUGAAGACGUGAACGAGGAAAUUCUGUUAGAGCGUCGUAUCUCGCCUUACGCCACUUUACGACCCGGCGAUCUCGCAGCCUUGCUGAAACUCCAAUCUUCUAUCCCGCUAUCUGGCUCUGCUCUCAAGUCCGGCUGGCACCAUGGCCCUGGUGGGCUGGAGACGCAUGUGGAGGAGAUUCUGAAGAGGGAAGAGCAAGGUUUCUCAUCUGACGAGAGCGGCAACGAGGGCGUCAAAGACGAGGAGCUGAGGGAUGUCGUGUGCCGAGGUGACGAACAGAAUCACGUGCCGGCUGUGUACACCGUGCGAGGACUCCGGCGACAUGAGAUGCCUGUUGUUGGCGUCUAUGUGGACAAACGAGUCUGCCCUGGCUUCCGGUACCGCGUGCGCCGAGCCGGAUCCAACCGGUUCUUCUUCCAAAACGAGGCCCGCACUCUGGAGUCGAUCGGCAUGGGGUACGGCAAGCGGCUGACCUUCACCGGCGAGCAGCGGAACAACAACGAGAACUACUUCUGGUCCGACUCCGAGCCGGAGGGCUACGCCUUCAGCAUUCAGGCCGUAGACGAGGGGAUGAAGUUUCUCGUGAUGGACGUAGACGAGGCGGUUGUGGGCGAGGGCGUGGUCUCUCGCAUCCACGAGCCUCAAGAGGAGACGACCAUGACUGCUGGCAAAGAUGGCGUCACGAAGCGAGUGGCUGUGACCUUGACCUGCUCGGUGACCUACUACCACCGGCACCACUACGGCCUGAUUGACAUGAUGGUGCACGAGAACCAAGAGACGAUCUCAGGCGAGGCUGUUCUGCACAAGAGCAGGAAGUCCCGCAAAGCAUCACUGGUCUCUGUGGAAGGCGUGUUUUUGCAGCGCGUCGGCCAAUGCAAAUUCAUUCCUGAUUGUUGACUUUGUUAAUGUUCAUCUACACACUCAGACCUGAUAUUCUGUGAAUGUGAUCCCAUGCUCCAAGCUUUAUUAAACAAUGCAAUUUUGCCUCCGCUGAAAUGGAAACACUAAACAUUUCCAUGUUAUUUAUACAUUGACUGCUUUUCAAAAAAACAUUUCGUUCACAUCAUGAACUUAUGUUUUCAAUCAUUGUCAUUUUAUAAAUACUAAAAUACUUACGUUUAGAGCAAUCUUGUGAUUGAUUGUAUCAGUAUCAGCAGGUUUUUUAACCUCAUUUUGGCAUUUAUGAUUUUUAUCCUUACGCAGUCACAGCUCAAGCAAUUAUCAAAAUGCGUUUUUUGCUUUCUUUUUGUCAUUGUUUAUGCAGGUUUUUAUUGGAUACGUAUACAUGUCAUGUAGUAUCUAAUAGUAAUAGGGCAUGGGGUAAAGUUUUUGACUUUUCGAACACUCGCCCACAUACCAUACACAGUUGUUGUAAAGUGAAUGGUUCGAAAUAAAAGUUAAGCUUUAGACUUUCGAUUCCAAAUAAAAUUGUAGAUUUACUCAUGCUUCUUGUUAACUGAUGCCUUCUUCUUGUUACUGAUGGCUUCAUACUCAGAGUCAGAGACUCAGAGGAAAGGAAAUUACAUUUUAGAAGGCUGACUGCCAUGAGAAGAAAGGGUUCAGGCAAGGUGAAUCAUUCAUUAUAGUCCCUAGUGAAAUUUUUGUCAAGGGCAAAUUUGCAAGUACAGCAUGAUACAUGAUAUAAAAAUAAUUAAGUAUUAACAUUUCAUUUGAGUUAAAGCCUUAAUAAGAGAUUGUGGGGGGGGGGGGUAAAAAUGACAAAGUAAAGAGCACAAUAUAGUAUAAUAUAAUGGUAUAAUCUCGAGAGCUUGUCAUGAGACGUACGGCACUUUCUUCUCUGUUGUGAGCAGAUGAGGACUGUGUAGCAAGUUUUCUUUUCGUCAAGUAUUAUCAUUACCUACCUUUCAGUGGUGAUGUUUGUGUGACAUUAUAUUAUAUUGAUUUACUUUUUAUACAAAGUUGUUUUCCUGUACAUAUUAUAAAUAUUGUUAUACACAACAAAAAUAUGCUGUUUGAGCGUUGAACUCGGUUUUGAAUGGCAAAUUAUUGUUCUAACCCUCUUUGUUGAGAAUAAAAUGAUUUGCUGAAACUUCA